UGACGAUCGCCUUGGUGGUGGUCCUGGGUCAUCAGGCAGCACUUGUGUCUGGGCAGAUCACGAACAGCUGCUCACCAAAUCCUUGCCCUGCCCACCGGUCGUGCAUCAACAUGCCCAUCGGCUUCUCUUGCGGUGAAUGUGAGCGUGGAUACAUCGAGGACGGCGCCGAUGGAGAGUGCAUCGACAUCGACGAGUGCAAGGAGGUGGAAGCAGCCUGCCAAGCCGGCACUGGCUGCGUGAACACGGACGGCUGCUACGAGUGCAAGGACUGCGCUCCGGGCACAUGGUCACCCGGCGGUUCGGGCGCGUGUUUCUCUUGCACAGAGUGUGAGGCUGGCGAAGAGUUCUUCCUGCGACCGUGCACCCCGACGCAAGAUGCACAGUGUGCCACGUGCUCCACCUGCGCACCUGGUCAAGCCAUCUCCCGCGCCUGUUCGUCCACGACGAACACCAUUUGCGAGCCCUGCGCUGCCGGCAUCACGUGGUCGGACGGAUCGCUGGGCAAGUGCGCGCCUUGCACCGUGUGCGCGGACGGUGAGGAGUACCUAGAGCAGCCUUGCUCUACCUCGCAGGACACCGAGUGUGCGCAGUGCUCUGAGUGCAAGCCAGGCGAAUUCAUCAUCUUCCCCUGCACUUCGCGUUCUGGUGACACAGAGUGCGUCCCAUGCCUGUCGUGCACUGAGAACGAGUACGAGACGAGCCCUUGCACUUCGACACAGAACAGAGAAUGCAGGUCCUGCCGCGACUGCGACCACGGCACGUUCAUUGCGUCGCCGUGUACACCAACACAGGAUCGUGUGUGCCGGUCAUGCACGCGGUGCGGUGCAGGCGAGUUUGUCAAGCAGGCUUGUCGAAUGGACAGCGACACGGAGUGCGCCACCUGCACCACCUGCCCCGCCGGCUCGUACACCGCUGUUGCGUGCACAGCGGAGCGUGACGCAGAGUGCAAGCCGUGUAGCGUGUGCGAGGAUUCGCAGCUCCUUCUCAUCAGGUGCAGCGCCGGCCACGACGCAGUAUGCGGGUCGUGCGGCACGGGCAUGUACAUCACAGGAAGCAAGGGUGCCACGGACACGCGCAGAUGUGUGCGGCAGCCGCAGUGCCCGAUUGGCGAGGGCGAGACCGUGGUGCCAUCGCUUGAUGUCAGGCGCGAGUGUGCGCCGCUCGUUCCGCCAGUUAUUCCCCCGACCCUGACCGAAGAUCGGUGGCAAGUUGCGGUGAUCUUUCGACGCUUGCAACCACGGCCGGAUCUCCCAUUUGACGAGGAUGUGCAGUUCCUGAUGAUUGAGGGCCUGCGGCUCAUGUUUCGUCAGGAGCUGGGCAAUGCCACGGCGCUAUUUGGCGUGGCAUCAGUGGUGGAAGAGCCAGAAGACCCCUCCGUCACAGCAGUGUUUCAGUUUGAGUUGCCCGACCCAAGCGACCACGCGGAGCCCACCAUUGCAUUUCGAGCGUCCUCCUUUGCAUCUGCGCUUGUGGAUGUGAUGUCCCAGCUGAAGGACGACAACGACGACGACAACCACUACGACCACAACAACAACGACUACCACAACUACAACAACAACGACUACCACAACCACAACACCGACUACCACAACCACAACAACAACCACAACAACAACGACGACGACAACAACGAUCACAUCCACGACGACAACAACGACCACAACAACUACGACAACAAUCACGACCGCAAUAGCGACGACAACGACAACAACAAUGACGACGACCACAACAACAACACUGGCGACAGUCUCACCAACAUCGAUGACAUCGAAGACGACAACGAGAACCACAACCACUACGACCACAACAACAACAACAACCACUACGACCACAACAACAACGACUACCACAACCACAACAACAGCGACUACCACAACUACAACAACAACAACCACAACAACAACGACUACCACAACCACAACAACAACGACCACAAUCACGACGACAACGACAACAACAAUGACGACGACCACAACAACAACACUGGCGACAGCCUCACCAACAUCGAUGACAUCGAAGACGACAACGACUACCACAACCACAACAACAACGACCACAACAACGACUACGACAACCCCAACAACAGCAACAGCAACGACAGCGACUGCUACUCACCGAACCACGGGUGCAACAACAACAGGCACAGGGACGACAACGACAGCAACGGCGACAACUGCGAGUUCGCCUGCAACAGCGACAACGACGACAGAAGUCAAGUCCACCACUUCGAGUGGAACUGCCACGACAAUUGCCACAACGACGGCAACUCCAGCAACAGCAACGGGCUCAAGCAUCACAACCACCUCUCCGAUGAACUUAAGCACAACCACAGCCAGUACCACGACAGCUGCUGUGACUUCCACGCCAACAACAGCAGAUCAUACAACACCCACAACCACAGCGAGUGCAACCACAACGCUGACUGCUUCGCAAACAUCAGUGGCCACGAUAUCUGACGAGCCAACUUCCAACACCGCCAGCUCUGUGACAACCACACCGACAACUACCACAACAACAGCCACAACAACAACUACACCA